CGUGUCUCCAACUGCAUCUCCAACCACCUUUCCUCCUUUGUAUCCCCGAUACGCGGUUAGAGAACGAAGCUGCGCGCGACAAAGGAUCGAAACCGCGGAGCUUUUUCUUUCUACCAAAAGCACCAUCAGCUUACAUCGUCCACCAUGGCUGACGAAAAGCGCAAGGACGGCGCGCAACUUGAGGGUGACAUCACCUUCAUCGCGACCCCUGCCGCGAAGCCCUCCACGUUCAACGUUGGCGAGGAUUGCGGUGUCAAGACCACCAACUACCCCACCAUCAACAACCCUCCUCUUCCUGCCGAGGGCCCCGGCAAUGAAUCCUUCUCCAACUGGAUCCUCGGAGCUGUUCUCGCUGGUGUUCCUCUCUGGAUCACCCGCAUCUUCGGCGGCGGUCUCAAGACCUUCAUCUUCUUCUUCAUCCUCUUCGUCGUCCCUCUCCUGAUCGCCUUCUGGACCGUCUCCUCAAGGUUCUCCCCCCGCAUCAACGACAAGGCCAAGCUUCCCGGCCGCCCCGUCGAGCACUACCUCACCUUCAAGAACGAGGAGGACCGCAAGCAGUUCAGCGGCCGCAACAAGAUUCCCAUCCAGACCUUUGCUGAGCUCUACACCGAGGGCCUCGUCGACAUCAACGGCGACCUCCUCGACGCCCUCGAGUACCGCCACGACUGGUCCAACUUCGCGUUCACCUACUCCCUCUUCCGCUUCAUCUUCCUCGAGUUCGCCCCCGAUGUUCUCUUCCACUCCCGCCAGCAGGAUGAGGACCAGAUCAAGCCCACCUACGACAAGGGUAACGACCACUACUCCUACUUCCUCGGUCCCCGCAUGGUCUACACCAGUGGUAUCUUCUCCGACCUCACCCGCGAGGAGACCCUCGAGGAGAUGCAGGACAACAAGAUGGCCGUCGUUUGCGAGAAGCUCGGCCUGAAGGAGGGCGAGACCAUGCUGGAUAUCGGCUGCGGAUGGGGCACCCUCGCCAAGUUCGCCAGUGUCAACUACGGAGCCAAGGUCACCGGAGCCACCAUUGCCAGCAACCAGGCCGCCUGGGGUAACGACGGCCUCCGCCGCGCCGGUGUCCCCGAGACCCAGUCCCAGAUCCUCUGCAUGGACUACCGCGACAUCCCUACCAAGAAGUUCAACAAGAUCUCCCAGAUCGAGAUGGGCGAGCACGUCGGUAUCCGCAGACUCACCACCUUCUUCCGCCAGUGCUACGACAUGCUCGAGGAUGACGGCGCCAUGUACGUUCAGCUCUCCGGUCUCCGCAAGGCUUGGCAAUACGAGGACUUCAUCUGGGGUCUCUACCUCAACAAGCACAUCUUCCCCGGUGCCGACGCCUCCACCCCGCUCGCCAACUACGUCGGCUGCCUCGAGAGCGCCGGCUGGGAGAUCAAGAGCAUCGACACCGUCGGCGUCCACUACUCGGGCACCCUCUGGCGCUGGUACCGCAACUGGCUCGGCAACGCCGAGACCGUCAACGCAAAGUACGGCCAGAAGUGGUACCGCAUCUGGGAGCUCUUCCUCGCCUGGUCCGUCAUCGCCUCCCGCCAGGGCAGCGCCACCUGCUUCCAGAUGGUCGUCGUCAAGAACCUCAACGCCACCCACCGCAUCGACGGCUUCUCUUCCCAGUUUGGUCUGUCUGGCGCCCUCGCCGCUGCCAAGGCUGCUGGCAAGGCUGUCUUCCCCCGGUCGACGUAAUUUGCAGAAAACACGCGGCACAUACUCACGCCCUUUGGUCCGUGCGUGUGUGAGAGUGUGAAGAAAAUGGCUGUAUGUGUCCAUGAAUGGAAAUGAAUGAUUUCCUCCCCCCCUCGCCCCCCUCCCCUUUUGUUCUCCGCGGCGACCCGACCACACACUUUUUCUACCUUUUUCUCUCAUCUGGCUCCUGGGGCCGAGGGAAGGCAAAACAAGAAGAGGGG